CAGACAAACAAGGCGCCUUCCACAUCCUUCUAGAGCCACCCAGCCCACGCCGGCUUCCGCACACUGGAUUGCUCCCCAAGACAAGCAAAGCCCAAAUCCGUGUCCAGAAAUAAACCGCAGCCGAGCGGGAGCAGCCCAAACCCAGAUCAGACUCGAUUCGCCAAUUCGAUUCGUUCCCAUGGGUUGGCGUUGGCACGACGACGACGGCGACAGCGGCCGGGGCCUCGCCGGCGGCGGGGGCGAGGGGGCGCAGUGCGCCACGCGCCGGGUGGUGCAGUCCCGCUGCCACACGGAGGAGGUCGAGCCCGGCCGAUUCGUCCGCAAGUGCGAGAAGACGGAGCAGCUCCUCCGCGACUGCGUCGGCAGGCCCUCUGAACUGGUUGAAUCCAAAACUGAGAACACUGAAGAAGAUGUUACAGAAGAAAUGAAAAGUGGUUCGCUCUCUCUUGGCUUUCCAACAAACGAGCCCUUUGCAUUCCCAGGACUUCGCAGUGACAUCGAAGCCCUCGAGAAAGGCUUGUUUGGGAGCCUUGGUAGUGUCCUAAAUGAAGCUGAGCGGAUGACCAAUGAUUUCUUCAAAUCUUUUGGUUUUCCCUCUACCCACGACAGGGAAUCAAGCCCAUUUCCAAGACAACCUGCAGAGAGGCAUAUUGAGGAAGGUACUACUACAAAGAAGGCGAAGGAGGGUGACUACUCGGAAUUCAGCAGCCAGAUUUCGGAUGUGUAAGCAGCUGCAGUUAGCUGGCAUGUGUCUUCAGAGCUGACACCUGUGAAGUGAGAGGUGUGCUUUACAAUCUUAGGUCUCUUAUGUGUAUCUUUUUGGAACAAAUUGCGUUACUUGCGACUUGCAGGUGCAGUUCAGCCUUGCUUAGUAUGGUAACCGUAAUGGUAGAUGAUGAAGCAAUUUACCUGACUCUGUCAUUUGCAAGGCUAUUUUGUAUAGCGCAGGUUGCAAACCCUGCAAUUGAACUGUGUUUUGAGCUGAAAGUUUGUCCUGAAUUUUUCCUCCUCCGUGGUAUGAUGUAUUGCUGCUUUUUGCCC